AUGCCCCCUCCUCCCCCCGCCUGGGUGCAGGCGCUCAAGCCUGCGGGCCCCCAGGGUUCCGAAUUGCUCGAGCAGGAGCGUGCCCAGUCCAAUGUCAAUGUCGACAAGUUGUCCGAAUUGCUGCACACCAAGGAGGCCCUCGAGACGCAGGACCGCCUGGUGCGGAUCCUCUCCUCCGAGCCGAUCUUUGACAAGUCCGAGAACCACACCUCCGGCCGCACCGAGCGCAUCCAGCGCGCCCUCGCCCGUGGCAAACGCCUGCAGCAGCUGCGCGAGCAGCUCCACUGGUCCGAGAAGGAGUACAUCAUGGCCAAUGACCUGAUCGGCGAGCCGACGCCGUACGGUCUGCAUGCCUCGAUGUUUUUGGUCACCCUCCGCGAACAAAGCACCCCCGAGCAGAAAAAGCUCUUCCUCGAGCCCGCCGAGAAAUACCAGAUCAUCGGAUGCUACGCCCAGACCGAGCUGGGCCACGGAUCCAACGUCCGCGGCCUCGAGACCAGAGCCACCUGGAACCCCGACGACAAGACCUUUACCAUCCACUCGCCCACGCUGACCGCGUCCAAGUGGUGGAUCGGCUCGCUGGGCCGCAACGCCAACCACGCCGUCGUCAUGGCGCAGCUGUACGUCGGCGGCAAGAACUACGGACCGCAUCCGUUCGUCGUGCAGAUCCGCGACCUGCAGACGCACCAGCCGCUGGAGAACAUCUACGUGGGCGAUAUCGGCCCGAAGUUUGGCUACAACACCAUGGACAACGGCUUCCUCCUCUUCAACCACGUCAAAAUCCCCCACGUCAACAUGUUGGCGCGCUUCUCGCGCAUCGACAAGGACACCAACAAGUACAUGCGCCCGGCGUCGCCGUCGCUGGUGUACGGCACCAUGACGUGGGUGCGGUCCAACAUCGUCCUCGACGCCGGCGGCGUGCUCGCCCGCGGUGUCACCAUCGCCACGCGGUACUGCGCCGUGCGCCGCCAGUUCCAGGACCGCGACGCGACCGGCAACGUCGGCGAGAACCAGGUGCUGAACUAUAAGAUGGUGCAGAUUCGCUUGCUGCCGCUGCUGGCGUCCAUGUAUGCGCUGCACUUUACCGGCCGCGGCAUGAUGCGUCUGUACGAGGAGAACCAGAGCCGCAUGAAGGCAUCGGCUGCGUCGGACCAGGAUACUCGUGGUCCUGGACCGGAGCAGCUGCGCGCGGGCGCGGAUCUGUUGGCCGAUCUGCACGCCACCUCGUGCGGCCUCAAGGCGCUCGCCAGUACGACGGCCGGUGAGGGACUGGAGGUGUGUCGUCGCGCCUGCGGUGGCCAUGGAUACAGCAGCUUCAGCGGUAUUGGCCCGUGGUAUGCUGAUUAUCUGCCCACGCUGACCUGGGAGGGUGACAACUACAUGCUCACGCAGCAGGUGGCUCGCUACCUUCUGAAAUCCGCCCGCGCCGUGCUCGAAGGCAAGGGCACCGCCAACGACACCUCGCAGAUCCUGCAGGCGUAUCUCGCCCGCCGGGAGAAGGGAGCGUCGUUCGACAUCCUCGAGAAAGACAGCGACAUUGUGGCGGCGUUCGCGUGGCGCACGGCGCACCUCACCUUUGAGGCGCUCAAGCUCCGCGACGUCGAGAAGCGCUCGUGGAACAGCCUGCUGGUCGACUUCUGGCGGCUGUCGACGGCGCACUCGCAGUAUCUGGUGGUCAAGAACUUCUACGAGGCGGUGACGUCGGAGCAGAUGUCGGCGGCGCUGGACGCGGAGACGCGCACGCUGAUGUACAAGCUGUUCCGGCUGUACGCGCUGCACACGAUGGAGCGUGAGGGUGCCGAGUUCUUUGCGUCGAGUGCCGUCACGACGCGCCAGCUGCGGCUGACGCAGAACAAUGCGGUGAUGAAGCUGCUGGACGAGAUCCGGCCGCAUGCGGUGCGGCUGGUUGAUGCAUGGAAGAUCCCCGACUGGAAGCUGGACAGCAGUCUCGGUCGCUACGACGGCGAGGUGUAUCCGGAUCUGUUCCGUCGGGCCAGCAUGAACCCGGUCAACGACCUGGUGUUCGAUCCGUAUCCGUGGAACGACGCAGUGCUGAAGAACGGGCCCAAGAGCAAGCUUUGA